AUGUUGUUCCAAUCGUUCGCCUACUGGCUGUCAGCUGGCUCACUCGCUCUCGCUAGUGCUAUUCCGGCCUCUCUUAUCGAGAGGCAGGACGGUGCUUGCACAAACACGGCUCGAACACGCCAAUGUUGGAGUGAUGGCUACAGUAUCGCCACAGACUUCGAUGCGAAGACCCCUCCGGCAGGCACAACCGUCACUUACAACCUGGAAGUCACGAACACAACAAGACCACACUUAGAUGGAUCACCUGGAAGCCGAAUGUUCCAGUUGAUCAAUGGUCAAUACCCUGGCCCAACUAUUCGAGCAAAGUGGGGUGACACAAUCGUCGUCAAUGUCAAGAACAGCAUGCAAGACAACGGCACAGGAAUUCACUGGCACGGUAUCCGUCAACUCAACAGCUGUCAGCACGACGGCGUCCCCGGCAUCACAGAAUGCCCCAUUGCUCCCGGAAAGUCCCGCCAGUACAGGUUCAGGGCCACGCAGUUUGGGACGACGUGGUAUCACUCUCACUGGUCUGCACAGUACGGUGACGGCGUCCUUGGAACGAUGAUCAUCGAUGGGCCGGCCUCAGUCAACUACGACGAGGAUCUCGGUGUCCUUCCUAUCACAGAUUACUACUACACCGAGGCCUUCACAAUCAACGAAGUUGCCCAGCACUCACAAAGAGGUCCGCCGCUUCCCGACAAUAUCCUUGUCAACGGUACUCACGUCAGCGCGAAUGGCGGCAAUUACGCCAAGAUGACCGUCACCAAGGGGAAGAAGUACCGCAUCAGGAUUAUCAACACCUCCGUGGACAGCACCUUCAGCGUCUCCCUCGAUAGUCACCCCUUUACAGUGAUGACCGCUGACUUCGUCCCAAUCAAGCCAUAUAUCGCAUCCCAGCUAACCCUCGCCAUCGGCCAACGCUACGAUGUGAUGAUCGAGGCCAACCAGACUGUAGACAACUACUGGUUCCGCAUCGGCUACGGGACUGCCUGCGGAGGAAACUCCAUCCUCGGCACCGGCAUCCAGCUAGGUGCCAUUCUCUCGUAUACCGGUGCAUCCAGCAAUAAUCCCACCACCACCGGUGUCGCGCUCCGAACAACCUGCGUCGACGAAGACCGCUUCAGCCUCGUUCCCUUCGUCCCCAACACCGUACCCUCGUCUGCAGUAGGCACCGCCGGCAAGAUCGACCUCAAGCUGCAGAACGGCAACGUCGUGCGCUGGCUCCUAGACGGCACAUCUCUGGUCGUUGACUGGAACAACCCAACUCUCGAGACGGCGCUUGCGGGCAGGAGCGACUUCUACCCGAACGCCAAUAUCCGUGAGAUGCCAACCAGCGACUGGUACAUCUGGUACAUCGAGUCGACGGAUGCCUUCCAGCUGCCGCACCCUAUUCAUCUCCACGGUCACGACUUUUACGUCAUCGGCGAGGGCGCGGGCCAGUGGGACGGCUCGGUCAGCAGUCUCAAUCUGAACAACCCCCUGCGUCGCGACACUACAACGAUGCCUGUGAGCGGGUAUCUGGUAAUCGCCUUCCCUGCGGACAACCCGGGGACUUGGGUGAUGCACUGCCACAUCGCCUGGCACGCCAGUCAGGGUCUUGCCUUGCAGUUCCUGGAGCGCAAGGGUGAGAUCGUCGGGGCGAUUGGGAGCACAUCGGAUUUCAAGCAGGGCUGCGAUGAGUGGGACGGGUACUGGUUCCCCGGGAACCACCCGUACAACAUGACCGACUCUGGGAUCUAG